AUCUUUUGAUAAAAGAAUUCGUUAGGGUUUUGCUGGUUCGAUCGCCGGUUGAAUUUUCUCCUCUUCCUCAGCUGCAAUAUUUGGUAUCGUCUUCUUCUACCCCUUCAAUUUUAUUCUGUGAUCGAUAAAUCCUAGUUACAAGAUAAAGAAGAACUUGUGUGGAUUCCAUUUCCAUUUGGAUUCCAUUUCCAUUUGCAAGAUAUUUUUGUUUUGGUGGUACCAUAUUCAAAGCAAAAUGGCCCCACCAUCAUAAACCCUAUUCCCAUUUCGUAUCUCGCAUGCGCCUUCUAUCGUCUCUUCUAUCCUCAUCGACUCCUCUUGCUCACCAUUUCAUUUCUCAUCUCAGAAUCACCAUUUCCUUUCAAUCCCACAAUUUCCCACGUCUGUUUUCAAUGGAUUCUUCCGAGGCAUCACUCAGAAAUGCCCUUUCUCAAAAGCUUUCGGCUGUUGAAACUCAAGGCAAUGCUGUUCGAGCCCUUAAGGCUGCUGGUGCUGCCAAGGCCGAGAUUGAUGCUGCUAUUGACGCUUUGAAUGGCUUGAAGAUUGAGAAGGCUUCGAUUGAGAAGCAAUUGCAGGCGGUUGUUAGUGGGGGUGGCGGCGCCGAUGGUGCCUUGAACAGGGAGUCGUUCCGGCAAACUGUGAGUAAUACUCUUGAGAGACGUUUGUUUUAUAUUCCGUCCUUCAAGAUUUACCGUGGGGUUGCUGGAUUGUACGAUUAUGGUCCUCCCGGUUGCGCAGUCAAGUCCAAUGUUCUUGCCUUUUGGCGUCAGCAUUUUGUUCUUGAGGAAAAUAUGUUGGAAGUUGACUGCCCUUGCGUUACACCAGAAGUAGUCCUGAAAGCGUCUGGUCAUGUGGAUAAGUUCACAGACCUUAUGGUCAAGGAUGAGAAAACGGGGACCUGCUACCGGGCAGAUCACUUGCUUAAGGAUUUUUGUAAUGAAAAACUUCAGAAAGAUCUUAGCAUAUCCUCUGAGAAGGCUGCGGAAUUGAAGCAUAUUCUCGCUGUCUUGGAUGAUCUUUCUGCUGAUCAGCUGGGUGCGAAAAUUAAGGAAUAUGGUAUUACGGCUCCAGAUACUAAGAAUCCACUAUCUGAUCCUUAUCCAUUCAACUUAAUGUUUCAGACAUCAAUUGGCCCCUCAGGCUUGCUGCCUGGGUACAUGCGCCCUGAAACAGCACAAGGCAUAUUUGUCAAUUUCAAAGAUUUGUAUUAUUACAAUGGAAACAAACUACCCUUUGCUGCAGCACAGAUUGGGCAGGCUUUUAGAAAUGAGAUAUCUCCUCGACAAGGGCUGCUUAGAGUUCGUGAAUUCACACUAGCAGAAAUUGAGCACUUUGUUGAUCCUGAAGACAAAGCUCAUCCAAAGUUCGCCGAUGUUGCUAAUUUGGAGUUCUUGAUGUUUCCAAGAGAGGAGCAAAUGUCUGGUAAAUCUGCUAGGAAAAUUCCAUUGGGUGAAGCAGUUUCUAAGGGAACUGUAAAUAAUGAAACUCUUGGCUACUUCAUUGGGAGAGUAUAUCUUUUUCUAACUCGUCUUGGCAUAGACAAAAACCGUUUGCGUUUCCGGCAGCACCUUGCAAAUGAAAUGGCUCAUUAUGCAGCUGACUGUUGGGAUGCUGAGAUUGAGUGUUCUUAUGGUUGGAUUGAAUGUGUUGGUAUUGCUGAUAGAUCUGCAUAUGAUUUACAUGCUCAUACGGAAAAAAGUGGUGUUCCUCUUGUAGCUCAUGAGAAAUUUGCAGAACCGAGAGAAGUCGAGAAAUUGGUCAUUACUCCUGUUAAGAAAGAACUUGGCCUUGCCUUCAAGGGAAGUCAAAAGAACGUUGUUGAAGCUCUGGAGGCAAUGAAGGAGAAAGAAGCCUUAGAGAUGAAGGCAACUCUAGAAUCCAAUGGAGAGGUGGAGUUCUAUGUCUGCACACUGGGGAAAAAUGUCUUGAUCAAGAAGAGUAUGGUUGCAAUUUCCAAGGAGAAAAAGAAGGAACAUCAGAGGGUUUUCACACCAUCGGUGAUUGAGCCCUCUUUUGGUAUUGGUCGGAUUAUCUAUUGCCUCUUUGAACACUCUUACUACAUGAGGCCAAGCAAAGCAGGGGACGAGCAGUUAAAUGUAUUUAGAUUUCCUCCCCUUGUGGCACCUAUCAAGUGCACAGUUUUCCCACUUGUUCAGAAUCAACAGUACGAGCAGGUUGCUAAAGUUAUUUCAAAGUCAUUAACCGUUGCCGGUAUUUCCCAUAAAAUUGACAUCACAGGUACAUCAAUAGGAAAACGAUAUGCAAGAACAGAUGAGCUCGGUGUUCCUUUUGCAAUCACUGUUGAUUCAGCAUCUUCGGUGACAAUUAGAGAGAGGGAUAGCAAAGACCAAAUUCGUGUGAGCGUGGAAGAGGCAGCCUCGGUCGUGAAAGAUGUUACAGAUGGUCUGAGAACAUGGGAAGAUGUAUGGUCUACAUUCCCUCAUCACGUCUCUGCAUCUGCAGAAGAUUGAAUCAACCUUCAGCAGGUUCUCCUGUCUGAAUUAUUUUUGCCAUACAUUUGAAAGUAGACAACAUUGGAUACAUUUUGCAGUUGAUUUCAGGAUCCUUCUCUUUAUCUAUAAAAGUAAUUACUACUGAUUAUACUUGAAGAUUCUUUUAUCUUAAAAAAGAAGUAAUUCUACACUAUGAUUAAUUUAAAAUCUAGCUGCUACCUGCCAGGCCA